GGAUGAAUCCGGAUGCAGGAGGAGGAGAAGCGGGCCCGGACGGCCUGGCAACGGCAGGUUCUGGUAAAACCGAGUCCGUCCGGGCCGUCGAUGUGCUGACGGUGCUCCGAGAAAAAGUGGCCUUCGUGUCGGGUGGGCGGGACAAACGAGGCGGACCGAUCCUGACCUUCCCCGCCAGGACCAACCACGAUCGAAUAAAACAGGAAGACCUCAGCCGACUGGUCACCUACUUAUCAACCAUACCGAGCGAGGACGUGCGCGCCCGGGGCUUCACCGUGGUGGUGGACAUGCGCGGCAGCAAGUGGGACAGCGUGAAGCCGGUGCUGCGAACGCUGCAGGAGUCCUUCUCCUCCCACAUCCACACGGCGCUGCUCAUCAAACCCGACACCUUCUGGCAGAAACACAAGACCAACCUGGGCAGCGCCAAGCUCAGCUUCGAGACCAGCCUGGUGUCGGUGGAGGGCCUGUCCCGGCUCGUGGACCCGUCCCAGCUGACGGCCGACCUCGGCGGCGCGCUGGAGUACGACCAUGUGGAGUGGACGGAGCUGCGUCUGGGUCUGGAGGAGUUCUCGGGGGCCGCCACGCAGCUGCUGGCCCAGCUGGAACAGCUGGAGGCCGGGCUGAACCGCACGCCCGAGCCGCAGGACGUGGACGAGGCGCGCAGGCUGCUGGAGGAACACGGCCGCCUUCGCAACACCAUCGCCACGGCGCCGGUCGACGGCCUGGACCGCGAGGGGAAGAGCCUGCUGCAGCGCAUGCGCCUCGGGCCGGCGCACGGCGACGCCUCUAACGAAGGCGGCGGCGGCGGCGGGGGGGGCACCUGGCUGUCAGGGGGGGCAGACUUCCAGAGUGUGGCGCCGAAGGUGUCGUCCCUGCUGGAGCGGCUGCAGGCGGCCCGCGGCCACCUGCUGCAGUGCUGGAGCGACAGGAAGCUGCACCUGGACCAGGCGCUGCAGCUGCACCUGUUCGAGCAGGACGCCACCAAGAUGUCGGAGUGGAUCGCUCACAGCAAAGAGCUGUUCCUGCAGAGCCUGGCGGAGGUCGGCCAGAGCCACCAGCACGCCGUGGACCUGCAGACGCAGCACCAGCACUUCACCGCCAACUGCAUGAACGGCAGCGUGAACGUGGACAGCGUGGUCACCGUGGCGGCGAGGCUCGCAGAGGCCGGACACUACGGGGCGGAGCGGAUCGCCUUGGUGUCGUCACGGUUACAGGAAGACUGGAAGUCCCUGACGACGGCGCUGGAGGAGCGCAGCAACACGCUCGCCAUGGCAACCGGCUUCCACCAAGGGGCGGAGCAGUUCCUGCACCGGGUGGAGGGAUGGGUGCAGCUGUGCUCCGAGGGCUCGUUGCCGUCGGAAACGGCAGAGCUGGAGGCCGCCGUCAAAACACACCAGGAGCUCAACGAGGAGAUCUCUGCCAACUACACACAGGUCAGUGAAAGUGGAAAAGCAUUACUGGAUGUCCUUCAGCGUUGCCCGGCAACCGAAUCGGACGAAUCAGCAGCCAAACCAGACUUCAGUAGUGCCACGCACGGCAUCAUGGGAGCUCUGCACCAGGUGAUGCAGGGGCACCAUGAGGUGGAGGGGGCGUGGCAGCACCGUAAGCUCCGCCUCCACCAGCGCCUGCAGCUGUGUGUGUUCCAGCAGGAUGUCAGACAGGUUCUGGACUGGGUGGAGCAGCAUGGAGAGGUUUUCCUCAACAAACACACCGGUGUGGGGAAGUCCCUGCACCGGGCGCGAGCGCUGCAGAAACGCCACGACGAUUUCCAGCAGGUCGCACAGAACACGUACACGAACGCAGAGAAGCUCCUGGAAGCAGCAGAUCAGCUGGCUCAGUCGGGAGAGUGUGAAGAGGAGGAGAUCUACCAGGCGGCCCGGGACCUGGAGCUCAGGAUGCAGGCCUUCAUCCAGCGGGUUGAACAGAGGAAGCUGCUGCUGGACCUCGCUGUGUCUUUCUACACCCACACCAAGGAGCUGUCGGCGUGGAUGGACGGCCUCCAGAAGCAGCUGUCCUCAGACGUGCUGGUGUGCCCGGACACGGUGGAGGCUCUGCAGGCUCUGAUCAGCCAGCAGCAGCAGCAGCAGGCCAACACACAGGAAGCUGCGAUGAGUGUCAUCCGGGAAGGAGAAGACCUCAUCCUGCAACUCAGGCCGCAGGGCAGCUCGGUGGCCCACGUGGAGUCGGUUCUGCAGCAGCUGGAGGAGUCCCACGUGCAGCUGGAGGAGCUGUUCCACCAGAGGAAGAUCCGGCUCGACGUCUACCUGCAGCUGCGCAUUCUGCAGCAGUGCACCCUGGAGGUAACUGGUGAAAUGGACGCCUGGAAACAGGAUCUCCAAAAGCAGUCCCAGGACUUCCCCACGGAGAAGCUCGCGUCCCCGCGGCUCGCCGACACGAACCCGGACAAGCUGUCGCUGGGCCAGUCGCGCCUGGCGGAGGCGAGCCCGGAGGCGCUGACGCUGGCGCAGCAGCGCAUCCACAGGCACAUGGAGCGGCGGCUGGCGAUGAACAACAUGGUUUACGAGGUCAUCCAGCAGGGCCACGACCUGCAGCAGUACAUCACUGAGGUCCAGGCGUCGGGUAUGGAGCUGUCCGAGGUGGAGGGAAGCCUCUCCUCCCAGGUGGAGGAGCUGCAGCGCCUCCUGCAGGACAAGCAGAAGGAGCUGCAGCAGAUGGCCGACCACACACACACCCAGCUGGAGCAGCACCUGCAGCUGAGACACCUGCAGAACCAGGUCAAACAGGUGCUGGGCUGGAUCUCGGAGGGGGAGGUGAUGCUGUCGUCCUGCAUGCUGAACUCCAGCUGCCUGUCCGAGGCCGAGCAGCUGCAGAGGGAGCAUGAGCGGCUGCAGCAGGCCAUCGAGGCCCUGCUGCACGCCGACUCGCUCCAGAGAACCCACCAGGUGGCGCUGGCCCUGCAGCAGAGAGCAGAGCUGCUGGUCAGGUCGGGCCACUACGACCCCGAUGCAGUGAGGUCGUGCGCCCAGACGGUGGCGCUGCACUGGCAGACGCUGAUGCUGAGGAUCGAGGACCGACUCAAACUGGUCAACGCGUCUGCCGCCUUCUACAGGACGUCCCAGCAGGUGUGUGGCGUCCUGGAGAGCCUGGAGCAGGAGUACCGGCGGGAGGAGGACUGGUGUGGAGGAGGAGAGCGCAGCCGGAGCAGCUUGCUGCCGCUCAUCAACAAGCACAUGGAGCAGAAGGAGGCCUUCCUGAAGGCCUGCACACUCGCCAGACGGAACGCCGAGGUUUUCCUCAAGUACAUCCAUCGCAACAGCGUCACCAUGGCCAACAUCUCGGGCCACAGCGUCACCGUCUCCGGGGUGACGGGGGUCACGGAGGUCACGGGACACUCCCGGGUGCCGGAGCAGCAGGUCAAAGGUAUCCUCAGCGAGCUGCUCCAGAGGGAAAACAGAGUCCUUCAUUUCUGGACUCUGAAGAAACGUCGGCUGGAUCAGUGCCAGCAGUACCUGAUGUUCCAGAGCCACGCCCAGCAGGCUCUGGAUUGGCUGCAGCAGUCAGGUGAUCACUACCUGGCCGGACACACGUCGCCGGGGGCAACGAUGGCUGAGACGCAGGAGCUGCUGAACCAGCACAGAGAGUUCUGCGUGUCCGCAAAGCACACGCAGGAGAAGGUCCACCUGCUGAUCCAGCUGGCCGAGAGCAUGCUGGCCAAAGGCCACGCCCACCGCGCCGAGCUCCGCCGCUGCGUCUCCGCCGUGGACAAGCGCUACCGGGACUUCACCGUCAGGAUGGGACAGUACCGCCACCUGCUGGAGACGGCGCUGGGAGGCUGCGCUCAGGACAACAAGGACCUGGAGCUGGAGCUGAUCCCCAACAGUCUGUCCGACUCCGACCCAGAGGUCAACCUGUCCGACCCGAGUCACCAGGUCAGCGACGAGAAGAGGCGCUCCGCCCGCAAGAAGGAGUACAUCAUGGCCGAGCUGCUCCAGACGGAGAGGGUCUACGUCAGAGAUCUGCAGGAAUGCAUCGAGACGUACCUGUGGGAGAUGACGGGCGGCUCCGAGGACAUCCCAGUCGGCCUCGCCAACAAGGACGACGUCGUGUUCGGAAACAUCCAGGACAUCUACGAGUUCCACAACAGCAUCUUCCUGAAGGAGCUGGAGAACUACGAGCAGCUGCCCGAAGACGUGGGACACUGCUUCGUCACCUGGGCCGACAAGUUCCACAUGUACGUGACGUACUGCAGGAACAAGCCCGACUCCAGCCUCCUCAUCCAGCAGCACGGCGGCGGCUUCUUCGAGGAGGUCCAGCGGAGACACGGUCUGGCCAACUCCGUCUCCUCGGCCCUCAUCAAACCGGUCCAGAGGAUCACCAAGUACCAGCUGCUGCUCAAGGAGCUGCUGGCCUGCUGCGAGGAGGGCAAGGGCGAGAUCAAGGAGGGGCUGGACGUGAUGCUGAGUGUGCCGAAGAGGGCCAACGACGCCAUGCACGUUAGCAUGCUGGAAGGUCUGGAGGAGGGCCUGGAGGUGCAGGGAGAGCUGCUGCUGCAGGAUUCCUUCCUGGUCUGGGAGCCCAAGUCCCUGAUCCGGAAGGGCCGGGACCGACACCUCUUCCUGUUCGAGCUGUCACUCAUCUUCAGCAAGGAGAUCAAGGACUCGUCGGGGCGGACCAAGUACCUCUACAAGAGCCGCCUCAGGACGUCGGAGUUGGGGGUGACGGAGCACAUCGAGGGAGACCCGUGUAAGUUCGCUCUGUGGGUCGGACGCACGCCGACCUCCGACAACAAGACGGUGCUGAAGGCGUCCUCGCUGGAGCUGAAGCAGGAGUGGGUCCGCAGCAUCCGGCAGGUGAUCCAGGAGAGGCGGGGUCACCUGCGGGGAGCGCUGAGGGAGCCCAUCCCCCUCCCCAAGACGCCCAACCCCACCCUGGGACGGCAGCGUAGCAUCUCCCGCAGGGAGACGAGCGAGGACGCUGACAGUUUGGGUGACGCCAGCAGUCAGCCGGACACCGUCUCCAUCGCCUCCCGAACGUCCCAGAACACGGCCGACAGCGACAAGCUGUCCGGGGGCUGCGAGCUAGUGGUGGUUCUGCUGGACUUCUCCUCCGGAGGGCCCGGCGAGCUCGGCGUGCGCUGCGGCCAGACGGUGGAGCUGGUGGAGCGCUCGCCGGACCGGCCCGGCUGGUGCCUGGCCCGGACCACGGACCAGACCCCCCAGCAGGAGGGGCUGCUGCCCAUGAGCGCCCUCUGCCUGUCGCACUCCCACAGCGCCGGCGACAUGGAGGGGCUCCUGCCGGCCCCCACCACGGCCUCCAGCACCUCGUCCACCUGCACCACCUCCUCCUCCACCACCACUGCGUCCUCCUCCACCGCCGGGAGGGAGUCCAGUGUGAUCAGUUCUGAGGGUUCCGGUCUCCAGACUCAGACCAGCCAGAGUGCCACCUCCCCCACCGUGGCCGGAGCCGGAGCUCCAGCCGGAGCCGUCGGCUCUCCGGGACCCAAACGCAGCGGCUCUGGAACUGGAAACACCCUGAAGCGCUGGCUCACCAGUCCCGUCCGGAGGCUGAGUCAAGGAAAAGCUGACGGACAGAAAAAGCCCCCAAUCAGAACCCGGAGGCGGGACAACCGGUCAGAACAGACCACGCCCCUCACGGGCAACGCCCAGAAGGCCCGGAAGGAGGAGGCGUCGCAUAGUGGAGGGGAGGAGGAGCCUGAGGAGGAGAGCAGCACCCCUCUACCACCGCCAAUGCAGAUUAUCAAAGAUCCCAACAACCCCGAGGGUCUGGAUUCGGAUCAGGGCUCCAACGAGUCGGACACCGAGCAGAGGAACAAAGCGCUGCGAGGACGCAUGUUCGUCGUUAACGAGAUGAUCCAAUCAGAGAAGGACUACGUGAAGGACCUGGGCGUGAUCGUAGAGGGUUUCAUGUCCCGGCUGGAGGUCCGAGGGAUUCCUGAAGAGAUGAGGGGGAAAGACAAGAUCGUCUUCGGCAACAUCCAGCAGAUCUACGACUGGCACCGCGACUUCUUCCUCAUCGAGUUGGACCGCUGCGUCCAGAACCACGACCUGCUGGCCGACCUCUUCAUCAGACACGAGCGCCGCCUGCACAUGUACGUGGUCUACUGCCAGAACAAGCCCAGGUCCGAGUUCAUCGUGAUCGAGUACGAGAACUUCUUCGAGGAGAUCCAGCACGAGAUCAGCUGCAGGAUGUCCAUCAGCGACUACCUGAUCAAACCCAUCCAGAGAAUCACCAAGUACCAGCUGCUGCUCAAGGACUUCCUCAAGUACACGUCCAAAGCCGGGCUGGACUGCGAGGAGAUCGAGAAAGCGGUGGAGCUGAUGUCGCUGGUCCCCAAACGCUGCAAUGACAUGAUGAACCUGGGACGCCUGCAGGGAUACGAGGGGAAGCUGACCUCACAGGGGAAGCUGCUGCAGCAGGAGACCUUCUGCGUGUGGGAGCAGGACGGCGGCGUUCUGUCCCGCAGCAAAGAGCGGCGGGUGUUCCUGUUCGAGCAGGUCGUCAUCUUCAGCGAGCUGCUGCGUAAAGGCUCCAACAACCCGGGCUACCAGUUCAAGAGCAGCAUCAAGGUGAGCUACCUGGCCAUGCAGGACGGCGUGGACGGAGACCCCUGCAAGUUCGUGCUGUGGUCCCGCGGCUCGGCCGAGCGCUUCACGCUGCAGGCGUCGUCCGCCAGUAUCAAGAUCACCUGGGUGGAGACCGUCGCCGGGCUGCUGGACGCCCAGAACAACUUCCUGUCAGCUCUCCAGUCGCCCAUCGAGUACCAGAGGAAAGAAGGAGGCAUCUCCGUGACCCGGCCACUGUCGUCAGGGCGACCGCCCUCGGCCCCGCCCACGCCCAAUGGCCACGCCGCCCAGCCGGCCACGGACGGCGAUCCGGACGAGCAGGAGCUGGUUCAGGUGCUGCAGGACUUCGUGGCCGUCCGGGAGGACGAGAUCUCCGUGUUCCGGGGGGAGAAGGUCCAGAUCCUGUCGUCCAACCAGCAGGGUCAGAGUCUGGUCUACCGGCCGGCCAACAGCGACUCGCCGGCCGCCGAGGGCUGGGUGCCACGGAGCGUGCUCAGAACGCACUGACACACACACAGUCACACACGCACGCACACACAGACAGACACACACGUGCACGCACACACACACCUCAGUCAGUUUCACUCCAGAUACUGCGGGCUGACGGGGCCGGAGAGGCGUUGCCAUGGCGAUGUCGACCUGUUUGAUCAGAGUCUGGUUCAUUUAAAGUUUUGACCCGAAAUGAGAAAAUUCUAAGAUAUUCUGUGCACGUACGUAUUUUGUGUUAUUAAAAGUUGAAAUAGUGGUACCGGGACUGGAUUUGGCACCAGAGUGCAGACUAGCGUAGGUGUACUGUUGCCGUGGCGACGCCCUGGCGAACCGUUAGAGGGUCCCGGGCCUCGGGUCAGGAACCAGACCAGGUCGACAUCACCUCACACUUCAGGACCCGAACAGUGGUUGCAACACACACACACACACACACACACACACACACACACACACACACACACACACACACACACACACACGGACGCACACGCACACACACACACUAACUGCAGGUACUGUUAGGCUCCGCCCCCUUACCUUCCUGGUGCUUCAAGUUUCAGCAAAAACCACCUCUUCCUCGUGUCCCCGCCCCCGCCACGCCCCCUGGACCACCGACCCCGCCCCCUCCGAGAACCCUACAAGAACUACUUCCUGUGGGGGUGGGGUCAGCCAGAGUGAGGUCACAUGACCACGGCUUCAUCAGAAACACGAGCCCUCUGCGGGCGGUUCCGGCGGAAGCGGGACUCCGGAAGACUGCAGUUGCCUAGCAACCGGAGGAAAGGCGUAAACACCCGUCAGCCAAUCAGAACAGUGUUCAUAGCGUGUACAGAGACUGAGGACACGCCCCCCCAGACACGCCCCACCGCCGCCAUGGACGUGGGAAAAAAAAAAAAGGACAAACGCCAACAAACGCUUUGUGCGUCCGCCGAGGCGGCGUCGGCGUGUUUCCACGCGGGGGAUCCUCCGUGUAGCGUUGCCAUGACGACUCCUCAUGUAUGCAGUGGCGCCCUCUCAUUGAUUAUUGAUUAUGCAUCCGAGUUUGUGUAAAUAGACGA